GCACGGUUUGCGCAGUCGGGCUGGCUUUGUGUAUAGGAAGGCUAGCUGCCAGUAGAUUUGUGAACUUCUGGAGCGGAUUCUCCAACAAUCAGCACCUCUUUUAGCGGAGAACUGGUAUCUAGGAUGGCUUCCCGGGGGAAAUCAGAAACAGGUAAACUGAAACAGAACAUGGAGGAGCAGCUGGACCGACUCAUGCAGCAACUGCAAGAUUUAGAGGAGUGCAGAGAGGAGCUGGAUGAUGAAGAAUAUGAGGAAACUAAAAAGGAGACGUUGGAGCAGUUGAGUGAGUUCAAUGAAUCUCUGAAGAAGCUGAUGUCCGGGAACAUGACGCUGGUUGAUGAAUUAGGAGGAAUGCAGUUGGCCAUCCAAGCUGCCAUCAGCCAGGCGUUUAAGACCCCUGAAGUUAUACGACUGUUUGCUAAGAAGCAGCCUGGUCAGUUAAGAACAAGACUAGCAGAGAUGGACCGUGAUGUGAUGGUGGGGAAGCUCCCGAGAGAUCAGUACACUCAGCAGAAGGUGGAGAUACUUACAGCUCUAAGAAAGUUGGGAGAGAAGCUCACAGCUGAGGAUGAAGCUUUUCUUGCAGCGAAUGCCAGUGCCACUCUCAGCCAGUUUGAAAAGAUUACGGCGAAUUUGGGAUCUGAGGAUAAGAUCAUGGCUUUAGCUAGUUCAGGAGUGGAGAAGACGCAGGCCUAAGAGUGCACUUUUUCCUGAUGUUGUGUUGUGUAAAUGCUGUGAGUGAUUUUUAAACUGUGUUUUAAUGUAGUGUCAUGGUCCUUCAAUGAGGAUCACAAUUCUGAGGUGCCAUACAGCCACUGAUUUUCUUAAAUCACGUCCUUAUUUCCACACUCUGACCCACUGAUCUCUCCAGCUCUAGGGUGAUGUGUUGAAUUUAUGCUUCUGUUUUUAUUUAAUAUGUAUAUAUAUAUAUAUAUAUAUUAUUGCACACUAGUUAGGUACUCAAACUGUAGUCAGUCUUGUAUUUCUGUAUCUGGUCACAGUCACAGUAAAGUCAGAUACAGUGUAUAAUUUAUAUUUUCCAAUGGUGGGAGUGUAUAAAAUAAUGGAA